AUGGCUGCUGCGGAAGAUGCAGCUGCAGGGCCCCUCCAGGCGCCGCUACAGGCGCCUCCCGAGCAGCCCCCACCAAAGACGCCUCGCAACCGCACCUUUCGAGGGAAGAGCGUUUCGUCUCGUUUCAACCUGUUCCGCGAUCCAGAUCCCCAGAGCUCGGACGGCUCCAAGAGCCUCGCAGGGGCCCGCAACCCUCCUGCGUCAAUUUCACUCUCACAAGCAUCGGACGUGCCGCCCAUCCCAAACUUCGUGCUCAGCGCGAACACCAAAAACGAUUCUAGCCCGUCGCUAUUAGAAAGGAGAUUUUUUGGCGGCGAACUGAAGCCACCACCGUCGCCCUCGGCUAGAUCUUUUUAUUCAGAAUCCGGAUCGCCCUUUGGCUCGCCUUUGAGCAGGAGUAUCAGCAGAACCGAGCGGGAGAUCGACGAGCUCGCCACGCAAUUGGAAGCUGAGAUUGAGGAGGCGCAUCGCAAGAAGGCAGAAGCCCUGCAAAACUGCACCGAAGAAGAGGCCGCUCGCUGUGCAGACGACGUUGCGCGACUCGAGGCUGAGCGGGACCAGGUCAUUGAUGAGCAGAGGAAGUUUGACCUCGCACGCCUUCAAGCGCAACCAACCACACCGUCCUCAGGAAAGCCCAAGCGAGGAUUGGAGAAGCUCAAUCUGUUCUCGAGAAGCAGGAAGCCGAGCAGCUCUAGUUUUAUUCAGCCGCCGCUGACACCUUUGCCGCCUGGAACUCCCAGCACUGUUGCGCCGACGGUCUUUACGCCGGGUGUUUUUACACCUACACCAAGCUGCAGCCGACGGAGCAGCCUCGACGACUCGCCUCUGCUGCAUUCCUCGCAAAGGAUGAGCUUCAUUAAACCACAUCCUGAUGGCGACGCGCCCAUCUCUGCCAUCAAUGGCGGUGAACGACGUGUUACCGUUCGAUGCCUUUCGUCCACCAUCAGUUUGGAUGUAACAGCGCAGACGACGCCUGUUGAUAUUCUCAUUGCAACGGCUGCGCAGACGAGGCACGAUGUUGAUGUUGAAACGAGCGUCGUCGUUGAAUGCUACGACACCCUUGGAUUAGAGCGACGCAUGCGACGAUACGAGCAUGUACGGGACACGCUGAAUUCUUGGGAUCGGGACCAGGAUAAUUCACUUCUCGUGAUACCAUCAGAUGCGUCAGAUGGCGACGAGAAUCUUGAACUAGAAUCUGUGCCGCAGACGGAUGACCCUGCGCCGGGCUUUACCAUCCAGCUUUACCAUUCCUCUCGCCCAGGCAAGUGGAAUAAGCGCUUCAUCACUUUGCUAAGUACUGGCCAAGUAUUUGCUUCCAAGCGCUCCGAUACAUCAAUAUCGGAUAAAGACAGUACGUCUUUGUGCCAUUUAUCAGAUUUCGAUAUUUAUAAGCCCAAGGUGAGCGAAGCGAAGCGGCACCUAAAGCCUCCCAAAAAGCUAUGCUUCGCCAUCAAGAGCCAACAGAAGACCGUGGUGUUCCCCAAUGGAGAGAACUUUGUUCAUUUCUUCUGCACCGAUGAUGCUGCAGUAGCCCAGAGAUUCUUUGAUCAAGUUCAUGCUUGGCGGAGUUGGUACAUUGUCAACAAGAUCACCCACUCGCGCGAAGUUGAGAAGCCGGCGCCCCUUAAUUUGGGCUUCGACACAAUCAGAAGGCCACUCAUCAGCGAAAAGUCCCCUCAAGUCUCUACUAGCGGCUUAACCAUUUCCACUGGGUCAUUCAUAGAUGACAGCGAUUUCACCAAGGCUAUUGAAGAGUCUACCAGGAAGCUGGCCCUCGAGGCUCAGCUUCACAAAACUAUGUCGAGAAGAAGAAAAGCAUCUGGAGCAUCUGUCACCUCUAGCGUGAGAACUGCACGUGAAUUCUCACCCACAGGCUUACUUGGAGAAGCGUAUGAAAAGCGCAAAGAAGAGGCCGCGGCGGGUGAGCAUACGAUUGACGGUAAUGUCGCCAAGGCCGAAAAGGUUACGAGCCCCUUCACAGAAGGCCCGUCUUUGUUGAAUAGUAUUGGCCUAUCAUCGCCCAAAUCGCCUGAACAGCCCAAGAUAGCAGCGUCCUGGUUCCCAUCCGCCGCCGAACACAGCGCGCGCAACCGGAGUACCUCGAUAUCUCUACGACGAACGGAGACGGCGGAGACUCCAGCUCAGCCUGAGCACAGGAAGGGACCAGCACCGCUAUUAAACUUUGGUGGCAAUUAUCAAGAGCCACCACGAACUCGAGAUGGCCAUCGUGAUAGCCUGCGAGAGGGCUUCCGGCAAGGUCCCGGGCCUAGGCAAGGACAUGGCCUGCGUCCUCCGCCAGGUUCGCCUCUCGUCAAGUUUGCAACAUCGGGACAGCCAGGACAACAGGGGCCUCCCGUAUCACCGGGAGCAAGAAAUGGACCACCUCUCUCUGGUGGGCCACCACCGCCGCCAGGUGCGCGAGACCGCAGCCGUUCAAUAUCCAGUGCAAACGGUGGCCCCCCUAAUGGCGGUUCUCGGCGUUAUGCUGGCCCCGAUAAUCUCUCAUCUACAGCUAUGCAACACCGAGGACCCGGCCCACGGCCUGGUCGAAUGCCUCCUCCAUCCCCUCGUGAGGCUGCAGCUCACAGCCGUGACCACCAUCGCCCAGGUCCUUUGCUACAAGAACGUCAAGAGCGUCCCAGAGAGCGACCUAGGGAGAGGCCCCAAGAGCGCCGGACAGGGCCAUUGGUUAACCAUGCUCGAUAA